AUGUCAAUAACGCCUCCCACCACCCCACCUAGACGAGCAUGCAAUUCAGCAAUUUACACACCAUCUCCCGGCACAAAGGCCCCGUCAAGACCCUUUUCCCCAACUCCAACCAGUGUGGAUGUGACAUACCAGAUCGUCCGCAUCAAACCCAGCAACACAGACUGGCUUACUCCAAAGCCCUCAGACCUCAUCCAGAUCAUAGGUCCGGUGUCUGGGGGCAACACCCCCAAAGCCGAUGAUGAAGACGCAGCAGCAGCAGAAGAUGGUUUUGUGAUUCCGUGUGCAGCCCGCCUCAACUGGGACGGCAAAUCGAUCCAUCUGGAAUGUCUAUAUUACCCAUCCGCCUCCAUUUUUACGGGUUUUGGAGAGUGCGCAGAUGAGACAGCGGAUGCGGCCGAUGAGGCGGAGCGCGUGCAGAGUGUGAGUGUUACGAUGCAGGAUGCGAUCUCCAGAGAGGACGAGACGGGAGGCGAGAUGGUAGAAGAUGAGAAUGUGAGAGAUGAUGAUGGGAAUCCGUUCAUGGUCUUGCAUGUCAAUAGGGGGCUUGCUGGAUCGGCGAGGCUGUAUUGUAAGAAAGUCAUGCAUAGUCAGAACAGUCUGACGGACGGAGUUGGUGAAAUUUUGGGUCUGGAUAAGAGUGACGAAAAGAUGGACAACAGGUGGAUGUUGCAGGACGAAGAAACCAGAAGAUGA